CUAUGGAAAUAACACCUGUAAUAAUUUUGGAAAUCACUAUCAUGAAGGUCCCAGGUAGUGGAUAAAUAAUUAAUCUAUCACAAAACCUAGUGAAUGAUUUGUUCAUCAAAGAUCACCAAAUUGGAGAAAGGAAAAGGGGUGGAGCCUUAACCCCUCCCCACCUGCCAUUUUCCUCCCAAGACUGAUGUUGUGCUCUCUGCGAGGAAUGUACAAUUAUACUGCACUGCAACUCGGAUGGAUGUGGAGAAGUAUGUAGGUAAGUCUUUGUUCAAGUGAUUGGAACAUAAGCAAGGUUGGCAAAGUUUUACUGAUAUUUGCAAUGUGACUGACAUGUAUUUUCAUGCAGCACUUCCUAAUUAGGACACCGCUAAUGAGCAAAAGCUAGCUUGUGUUGAGAACAAGAGACCACUUAGAACAAGGUUUAAACACUCCAGGUGUUAAAUGGAAUGGCCAUUUAAAAACAGGAAUUAGAAUGUUACAUUUGUGUUAAAACUGACUCGAUGUCAACUAGAAACAAAAACAACAACAUGAGCUAAUGGCUGCUCACUUCAGUUAUGAUGUUAGCAUGUGCAGCUAACCUUGUCUACUGUUUUAUAUUUUCGUUUUAGAAAUGUUCAAGAAUAGUUUCAUUAUAGAAUACAGUGAUUCACAGUGCAUACCUCAUAAUCCAUAUCUCUUUUGCAAUUUAUGGUGCAGUUAAUGUAAAAAUAAAUAAAUAUUAACAGAAGUUUUUUCAUAAGAAAGUUUAAAUACCCAGAUCAUUCAACAGUUUCACAUGGUGUGAUUUUAAGUUUUUUUGAUGUUUCCCUUCUUAACUAGUGCUUUCUAAAUAUUUUGUAGAUGUUAUUGUUGGUUAAGUUAAACAAAUAUGAAAAUAUAAAACAUCAGCUGCAACAGAGGUUAAGAGAAGUGCAGUCCUAUGUUAAUUUCCAUGACUGUGAUAAGAACACAAUGCAGAAAAAAAGAGCAAUGAAUAAGUGCAUUUAUUCAGGAAGGAACAUCAGACAUCGAAUAGUGUGAAGUUGUUCCCUAUUCAGUCCCUUUUUUUAUUAAAUCAAAGAGGAGCUUUGUUAUGCUUAUUGUCAACCGUGGUACUAAGGACCCACUGCCUUGUAUAUUUUCCUGCAACUUUUAGAUAUCUCUCUUUUUCAGCAUACCUGUCUCCAAUAUAAGCACAGUACAGGUUGAUUACAUGCUAGUGAGAAUAUUUCACCAUGUAAUCUAAGAAUAUAGGACAAGUUGCACAUCUAAAAGUUACAGGACUUUGGCCCUUGAGGAAUGCAGUUUGAGAACACUGUCUUAAGCAUUUCCUUAUUGUGGCACAGCUGAUCUGAGUGAGUUACAUCCACUGUGCUGAAACAGUGGUAUACUGAGGAGGUAAUACAAUCAUUUGAUUUGGUUUUGGUGGAACAAAACCCAAAGGGCAGUGGGCCCUGAUACCAGUAGACAGUGUAAACAACUGGAAUAACUUCUUAACAGUGUAAGUUACUGCUUGCUGCUCUGACUUAGAAAGAAUAUAUGAACAAAUUGUACAGGAGUGCCUAGUUUAAUCAUAAUUUAAUUUUGCAAAUGGUCAUUGUGGUUGUUUAGCUGCUGUUCUGUUUAAAACUUGAUGAUGAUAAUAUACCCAUAGAUUUUCUCAGUCUAUUAUUAAAGCAUAUGUUAUUUUUAUUUUCUCUUGAUCACCAUAGACUUUUUUUCUCUAGAUGCACACAACAAUGAGGCCACAGAGAUUAAGAAUAAAUCCAAAGGAUGAAGCAGCUCAUUUUGUGAGUCUGAGUCAGGACAAAGAUGGUUUUUCUGUACAAUACAUAAACUCUUUUAAGGGUCGAGGAGUAUUUAGUACAUGCCACUUUCAGACAGGAGCUUUCUUAUUGGAAUAUCGAGGCGAUGUCAUAAACAGCAAAGAGUAUGAAAAUCGGGUAAAAAUCUAUCAUGAUGCCAUGAAGGUCUUCAUGUUUGAGUUUCGUCAUAAUGGGAAAAAGUUGUGUGUUGAUGCAGCGAGAGAGGAUGGGUCUUUGGGAAGACUGGUUAAUGACGACCAUUUGAUCCCUAACAGCAAAAUGAAGACAAUAACAGUGAAUGGAAAACCUCAUCUCUGUCUCUUUGCAAUUAAGGACAUAAAUCCAGGGGAAGAGAUUACCUAUAACUAUGGAAACGCUGAAUGGCCAUGGAGAGUGAAGGUUUCUGCUCACCCUGACAAAACUGUAGGUGAGGAACCGAUGGGAUCACUAUCCUCGUCUCUUGAACCACAGGUUUCUGCUCACCCUGACAACACUGUACGUGAGGAACCGAUGGGAUCACUAUGCUCGUCUCUUGAACCACAGGUUUCUGCUCACCUUGACAACACUGUAGGUGAAGAACCGAUGGGAUCACUAUCCUCGUCUCUUGAACCACAGGUUUCUGCUCACCCUGACAAAACUGUAGGUGAAGAACCGAUGGGAUCACUAUCCUCGUCUCUUGAACCACAGGUUUCUGCUCACCCUGACAACACUGUAGGUGAGGAACCGAUGGGAUCACUAUCCUCGUCUCUUGAACCACAGGUUUCUGCUCACCCUGACAACACUGUACGUGAGGAACCGAUGGGAUCAUUAUGCUCGUCUCUUGAACCACAGGUUUCUGCUCACCCUGACAAAACUGUAGGUGAAGAACCGAUGGGAUCACUAUCCUCGUCUCUUGAACCACAGGUUUCUGCUCACCCUGACAAAACUGUAGGUGAAGAACCGAUGGGAUCACUAUCCUCGUCUCUUGAACCACAGGUUUCUGCUCACCCUGACAAAACUGUAGGUGAAGAACCGAUGGAAUCACUAUCCUCGUCUCUUGAACCACAGGUUUCUGCUCACCCUGACAACACUGUAGGUGAGGAACCGAUGGGAUCACUAUGCUCGUCUCUUGGACCACAGAAAUGCAACCAUGUUGUACUGCGCUCAUCAUUUUCAAGCAUUGAAAAAUGCACACAUUGCUUGGGACCUUUUGUUGCCCUCAAGUGGAAUGGUCUGAAAUGUAAAGACUGUUCUUCAAUAUGGCACAACAUCUGCUAUGAAAAGAUCCAGAGGACUGAUUUUUCACCAUCUUCAUGGGUUUCUGACGAAUCAUCUUCAGCUGAUGAUCUUUCAGACAAAGAAUACAUACCUGACUCUGUCAGUUACUCAGAAAGUUCAGUGGAACUCUCAAUAGAUGAUUCAAAUCAUUUCAAAAGGACUAUUCUUGAUCCUUGUUUCAGUGCAUCUUUGCCAGACUGUCAAAAGAGUGAUGGUGCAGAGAAUGACUUGGCUGAAGGUCUUAUUUCUGAAAGUGAAGACCGUGCCAAAAAGGUUGUUCAGAAACAGAUGAAAAGGUCUUCUAAAAAUAAAAAAACUGUUGACGUUCAAACUGAAGGGAGACCUGUGGAGCCACUCACCAGAUCUGAAGCUGUUGAAAGCAUCCAGUCUACAAGUAUAUCAUCAUCAAGAGAUAAAAAAAACUACUGCUUUGUUUGUGGCAAGCCCCAGUCUAAGAUUGCUCGACACUUAAAAGUCCAUGAGAAGACAAAUGCUGAAGUCGCUCAAGCUUUGGCACAACCAAAAGCCUCAAAACUGCGGAAAAAAAUACUAGGACAGUUCUUGAAAUAAGGGGAACUCUACUCACAAUAAAGAGGUUUACAAAAGUGGCAGUGGACUGCUAAAAAUCAAACGUAAACCCAAGCUGAAGUAUAACAUAAACCAGUAUGUUCACUGCAUGUUUUGCCAGGGAUUGUACCUUCGGAAUCACCUUUGGCGGCAUGCUAAAUGUAAAUCCAAACCAAGAACAACUGAUGAGACAGGACCAAAAAGGGUUUUGAGCUUGGCCUUAAUGGUGGAUUCUGGACUAUGUCAACAAAUAUCCCAAGGUGUUUUUAAGCUCCUAACAGUGAUGAAAGAUGAUGAAGUGUCUGCUGCAGUGCGAAGUGACUUUUACAUUCUACAGCUUGCACAAUCAUUUUUCAAUAAACAUGGUCAAGAUCCCUCCAAGCAUGAAUAUAUUCGACAAAAAAUUCGUGAAGUUGGAAGGCUUCUGCUAAUCCUCCGAAUGAGUUUUCUAUAUACAACAUUGAAGAUGCUGUCAGGCCCUCAAACUUCCAUGUACUUGUUCAAGCAGUCAAGAGAGUAUCUGGCUUUGAUGAAGACAGUCAUUCAUAUAAAACUCCUAGCCUUGCUCUGAAAUUAGGACACUCGUUGCACAAGAUCAGUGACCUUAUAUGCUGCACAGCUUUAGUAUCAGGGAAUGAUGAGCUUAAAAGUCAUGUCAGGCUUUCAAAACACUUUAUUUAUCAAAGUGGUCAGAACUUGUCUCUCACACAGCUUUAACAACCUUGAGUGACAAGCGCUUUAACAAGCCUUCCACGCUUCCUUUCACUGAGGAUGUUCAGCAUCUUCACCAGCAUUUGGAAAAGGUUGCAAAUUUAGCAUCUGACACUUUGAAAAGUGAUCCGUCACCACAAGCCUAUAGGGAACUGUGCAGAACUACAUUGGCAAAAAUCAUUUUGUUCAACCGAAGACGAGGUGGAGAGGUUUCUAAAAUGCAGCUGUCUUCCUUUCUAGAGAGGGACACCACUCCCUUGCAUAAAGAUGUUGCAGUUGGUCUUACAGAGUUUGAACGACAACUUUGUGCCCAUUUCAGCAGGGUAGAAAUAAAGGGGAAAAGGGGCCGAAAAGUUGCUGUGCUUUUAUCACCAGACAUGGUUGAAGCCAUCAUCCAGCUCAUUAGCAGAAGAAGGGAGUGUGGAGUGCCAGACAAAAACACCUUUCUUUUUGCUAGACCCAACUGUCUAACCCCUUACAGAGGACAAGACUGUCUGAGGGUUUAUGCAAAUGACAGUGGUGCCCAAAACCCUGAACUUUUAAGAUCAACACAACUUCGCAAGCAUGUUGCAACAUUGUCCCAAGUGUUAAACCUGCGAAAUCACGAACUGGACCAAGUUGCAGACUUUCUGGGACAUGAUAUACGUGUUCAUAGAGAGUAUUACAGGCUACCAGAGGCUACGACUCAACUGGCAAAAAUUUCUAAAUUGCUUCUGGCAAUGGAAAGGGGGACUUUGGCAAAUCUGCAAGGCAAAACACUGGAGGAGAUUGAAAUUGAAGAUGAGUUGGAACUGACUGACACUGAAAGUGGACAAAGUGAGGUUGAUUGUGACCCAUCCCCACUUGUAAAUGAUACUCAAUGCUCUACAAAUCAAGAAUCUAAUGAAUCUUCUGGUGAUGGUUUAGGAGAAGAGACAUCACAAGGGAGAACAUCCUCUAUGCCAUCUGCUGAGAAGCCUUCAGGCACAGCAAAAGAUAUGACUACCUUAACAACCCUCACCCCACCUCACGGAUGCAGAAAACCUCAAUCUCCUGUUGAAUUACCUGGGACCUCUUCUGGAAAGGGAACGGAGAUUAUUGCACCACCAACUGAAAAACCCCCAGAACCACAAGAUGAUUAUCCUGAAAAGGACCAUCCUCAGAGAAAUCAAAAACGGCCCUGGUCUCCUACAGAAAUUGCAGCGGUGUUGAAACAUUUUCAGAAACACAUUGACACUGGGAAGCUGGCAAGUUUUGUUGAAAUUCAACAGUGUCAACAGGCAGAACAUCCUGCUUUAAUAAAUCGCUCACUUCGGAACAUAAGAGACUUUGUUAGAAAUCGUGGUGUGUCCAAAAAGAAAAAAGAAAAA